AUGAGCAAAGCAGCGGCCGUCAAGGAGGCCGUCAAGGAGAGUCUCCUUGGCGCUGAAGAGCCCGUCCAGUUGUCCGCCCAGACCAAAGCCAGAUUCGUCGCCAAUGCUGUCAAGGACGAGGCAUCAGGGGAGCUCUUAAUGGGCCCUGAGCAGUUUAUUAACGCUGUUGCGCCUACUGACGAGGACUAUCACAAAAUCAAGCGUGAACAGUACGGCAUUCUCUUUGGCGUCGCCGACCGCAAGGGUGCAGGCAAAAUAACUCUUUCCGAAUGGGCCGCCUUCGAGAACCUGUUGAUGAAGCCCGACGCCGAGUACGAGAUCGCUUUUCGCCUUUUCGACGUCGAUAGAACCGGCAACGUCAAGUACGAAGACUUUCGAAAGCUCUACGAGCUGAACAAGGGACCCGACAGUAUUCCCUUUGACUGGGAGUGCGAGUGGGCCAAACUGUACAUUGGCAGCAAGAAGAAGCGUCACCACAUGGACUACCCUCAAUUCUCCCAGAUGCUGCGCGGUCUCCAGGGCGAGAGAAUUCGCCAGGCCUUCCAGCAAUUCGACCAGGACGGCGAUGGCUUCAUCGACCCCGAAGAUUUUGAGCGCAUCAUCCGCGAAACAUCUAAGCACAAGCUGUCUGACCACUUGCUCGAGAACCUAUCGACCCUGUGCAACAUUUCCCUCGGCAGCAAGGUCUCGUAUGCCAAUGUGCGCGCUUUCCAGAACAUGAUCAAGGAGAUUGAUCUCGUCGAGCUCAUUGUGCGCCGUGCUUGUGCUAAGAGCCCGGAUGGCAAGAUUACCAGGACAGAGUUCCUGAACCAAGCCGCCAAGAUCACUCGGUUCUCCCUCUUCACUCCCAUGGAGGCCGACAUUCUUUUCCACUUCGCCAGCCUCGACGAGCCCUCGGGUCGUCUCGGACUUGCCGAUUUCGCCAAGGUACUUGAUCCCUCAUGGAGAAACGCCCUCUCCGAGGUCGACGAUGCGGCUCAGAAAGCAAUUGCCAAGGGCGCCUCAGCAAGCAAGGCGCUUCUUGGUCGGGUCCUCGAAUCCGGCUACAACUUCGGCCUUGGCAGUUUGGCCGGGGCCUUCGGUGCCUUCAUGGUGUAUCCCAUCGAUCUCGUGAAGACGCGCCUGCAAAACCAGCGAGGUGCCAGACCAGGCGAGAGGCUGUACAAGAACUCAAUCGAUUGCUUCCAGAAGGUAUGGAGAAACGAGGGUUUGCGCGGUCUGUACUCCGGUGUUCUGCCUCAGCUUGUUGGUGUAGCACCCGAGAAGGCCAUCAAGCUGACGGUGAACGACCUUGUUCGUGGCCACUUCACCAACAAGGAGGGCAAGAUUUGGUACGGCCAUGAGAUUCUUGCCGGUGGCGCUGCUGGAGGUUGCCAAGUUGUCUUUACCAACCCUCUGGAGAUCGUCAAGAUUCGACUCCAGGUUCAGGGCGAGGUCGCCAAGACUGUUGAAGGAGCCCCGAAGAGAUCCGCGAUGUGGAUUGUCCGCAACUUGGGUCUCGUUGGUCUUUACAAGGGCGCUUCUGCAUGUCUACUGCGCGACGUUCCCUUCUCCGCUAUCUACUUCCCAACCUACAGUCACCUGAAGAAGGACAUGUUUGGAGAGUCGCCUACCAAGAAGCUGGGCGUCGUUCAGCUACUUACUGCCGGCGCCAUUGCCGGCAUGCCGGCCGCCUACCUCACCACGCCUUGCGACGUCAUCAAGACCCGUCUCCAGGUCGAAGCUCGCAAGGGUGAGGCCACAUACACCGGUCUCCGUCACGCAGCCAAGACCAUUUGGAAGGAAGAAGGCUUCCGUGCUUUCUUCAAGGGUGGUCCCGCCAGAAUCUUCCGCUCAUCUCCCCAGUUUGGUUUCACCUUGGCCGCGUACGAGGUUCUGCAGAGCCUCAUUCCUUACCCCGGCUCGUCAGACUCUAUGAAGGUUCACACUGGUGUUGGGGAAGCUGUGUCCACGUUGAGAGAGAAGAUGGACACCAGCCCCUUUGCGCGCAGCCGCAACGCCCUGAAGAUUAUCCUCGAUAUCGACGAGGACUUUGGUAAGGUUAAGGUGCCCAGCCAGGAGUCUUGGAAGAAGCUUCCUGCGUUCAUGCAGACCAACGAAAACGGCUCUUCAUGA